ACGUGAUAAACAUUCACUACCAACCCUGGCUAGUCCAUGUGAAGUUACUCCAACGCAGACAUUCAUCAAUAUAUUUUGUUCUUUCAAUGAUAUCCUCUAGUCUAAGUUAUAAAUAUUCAUGGAGUAGUUACCCUUCGAUUUCCUGCCUUGCAAGUUUAUUUCAAACAUUAUAAACACCUAUGUUAUAGAGACAUAGCUCAUCAGUGUCUUGAGAACAACCAUGACUGCCUUGAGGCUAGCUUGUUGGGCUGUUACUUUGACUAUAAUCACCGCUACGCCUCUUGAUGACUACGUCAACGCUCCUGACCCAAACUAUGGUUAUAGGUACCUGACCUCAAUACAAGGCCCAAAUUUUGGAGUCUAUCUACUUAACAUGACGUCACAGAAAUGGCUUACAGAUGCAGUGACGACCACGCCGGUCUGGUGGCACGUAGUGGCUGUCAUUAUUCCCUCCAAAAUUGAAUACACAGACACGGCGUUUUUAUGGAUCGGAGAUCAUAGCAGCACAUAUGAUAUAACAAUGGAAGAACAAUUCAUUCAGACAAUGACUGCCCUCGCCGUCAGUACAGGUACUGUCUGUGGAGUUAUAUACCAAGUUCCCUUCCAGCCUAUUGUCUUUAAGGAUGAUCCUGACAGCAAAAGUCGUGUGGAAGAUGCCAUCAUCGCUUGGACUUGGAGAAAAUUUUUAGACAACGGAACAAAUCCUGAAAUUUUGUUGAGACUUCCAAUGACUAAGGCAGUCGUUCGAGGUAUGGACACCUUGUCAGCAUUCGCCAAACCUUACACUGGAUUUGCAAUUAACAAAUUUGUAGUUGGUGGAGAAUCCAAACGUGGCUGGACCACUUGGACCACAGCGGCAGUGGAUAAAAGGGUCAUUGGUAUGGUUCCUACAGUCAUGGACCUUCUCAAUAUUCAAAAGAAUCUGCAUCAUCACUACCGGUCAUUAGGAGGCUGGACAUUUGCGUUUGGGGAUUACUAUACUGAGAGAGUCACAAUAGAUCUGGACAGCCCAGUUAUGAAACUGAUGCAAGCUGUGAUUGACCCUAUAACCUACAGUAACAGAUACACCAUGCCAAAGAUGAUCGUCACAACAUCCGGGGAUGAGUUCUUCCUGCCUGACGACUCUUAUUAUUAUUUCGAUCAAUUGCCUGGUCCAAAGUUUUUAAGAAUUGUCCCUAACGCAGAGCAUUCAAUGAAAGGUCACCUGAUGAGCGAUAUUCUAGCUCUACAUAGCUUCUAUUUGACCAUUCUUGAAAACGCCACAUUCCCCACAAUGUCGUGGACCAGAAGUUCGACCUCCAUAAAUGGUAAAAUAAUGCUAACAACAUCUGUAGAACCAAUCAAGGUGACUAUGUACUAUGCCAAAACUCUGGACGGAAUCAGGCGCGACUUUCGAUUGGUUGUAAAAGAUCCCAAUUCCCAGAAUCCAAUGGUACAUCCAGUUGUUUGGCUAAAUGGGGAGGUGCAGAAGAUCAACGCCACCCAGUACAUGGCUGUGGUUGACAGACCUAUCGUUGGAUGGGCAGCUUUCUUUAUACAAGUUCAUUUCAACGGACCCAAAGGAUCAACCUUAGAGUUUACAACAGAGGUCAACAUCGUACCAGACACAUUCCCGUUUCCGGAUUGUUCCGGCACGUCGUGCGUAGGAAGUCUUGUUUAGCACAGACAUCAACAUAUCGAUUCUGUAUGUCUAGUGCUACAAAUAGAAUCUAUUGAAUAAACCAAAGUCUUCAACAGUU